AAAUGCAAACUGGGCAGAGACAUUGUUAGCGUUGCUCUCUAAGCAUUAGCUUUUCUCGCAGUCUGUCUGGUGCUCUCUGCGGGGAGGAAGUGAUGCAGGGAAAAUUCUCUUAAUGUCCACUCAAUGACUAAAGGGGAAACACAAAGAAACUGUAAGCCUUUCGUACUGGUUCAUCUGAGUUUUGGGAUUUAGCAGUGGAUUUGAAGUAAAAGGCAGUUGUUUGGGGUGGUUGUUUGCCAACCAGCGAGAUCACAAACUACAUCUACAUGUGGGCGAACGACACACCUGUAUCACAUUCAGCUCAAGGUGACAAGAUGCGGUGUGUCUUCCAGCAUUGCAGAUGUUAAGGUCUCUACAAUGGAGCAGAAAAAGAUGACCCCUUCCUCUAGAGUGGUCAAUGCAUUUUGAGGAAGUGUCUAUUUGGUGACACCGUGUGACUAUUGGGACUCCUCGGUAACAGGUCCAGAGGGCAUGUUGAGACAUCUCACCGGGCCAGAGAAGAGGCGUCUAGGGGGGGCAGACGGGGCCUGAAGGAGGGCAGGACCAGACUGCGAGGACCAGAUAGAGAGACAUGGGCCAGUGCGUCACCAAGUGUAAGAACCCAUCGUCCUCGCUCGGCAGCAAGAGUGGCGACAAAGAACCCGGGUCCAAGUCCCAACCCAGGAAAGGUGUGGGCACCGGAGGCAGGGGAAUAGGGCACAAGGAGGAGCACAGUGCCCCAUCCAGCAAGGCCUCCAGCGAGCCCAUAUUCAACGGCACCAAGGCAUCAGACAUGGAUGUCACCGUGGAGACCGCUAUGACUCCAGUCUCCACCAUGAUGGGGGAACAGAGGAAAGAGGAGCGGCCGGCAGACGGGGAGGGCCCGUCCUUGCUGCGCAUCGAGGAGCUCUUCCGCCACUACAAGGACCCGCAGGAGGACGCCAUCUUGGAGGAGGGCAUGGAGAGGUUCUGCAACGACCUGUGCGUGGACCCCGCCGAGUUCCGUGUGCUGGUCCUCGCCUGGAAGUUUCAGGCGGCCACAAUGUGCAAGUUUACCAGGAAGGAGUUUGUGGACGGCUGCCGGGCGAUCCAAGCCGACAGUCUGGAGGGCAUCUUCUCUCGCUUCCCCUGCAUGCUGCUGGAGGCGCAAGGGGAGGAGAGCUUCAAGGACUUGUACCGCUUCACCUUCCAGUUUGGCCUGGACGCCGACGAGGGCCAGCGUUCGCUGCAGCGCGACAUUGCCAUCGCCCUGUGGCGCCUGGUCUUCACGCAGGACACGCCAGCCAUCCUGGAGCGCUGGUUAGACUUCCUGGACGAUAACCCGUCAGGUGUGCGGGGAAUCUCGCGGGACACCUGGAACAUGUUCCUGAAUUUCACCCAGGCCAUCGGGCCGGACCUCAGCAACUACAGUGAGGACGAGGCCUGGCCCAGCCUGUUCGACACCUUCGUGGAGUGGGAGAUGGAGCACAGGAAAAAGGAGGAGCAGGAGGAGCUGUUGAAGAGGGCGGUGGAGGAGGAGGAAAGGGGACGCACUAAGACUGACGAGAGCCUUCCCUCCAGCACAGACAGACUUGAAACAGAGGGAGGACGGGGCUCACAGACCUUGGGUGACCACUGACUAAUGGACUACGGAAUUUUGGGAGGGGUGGGCAGGGUCUGACCUAAACGUGAACUGUACAUCUGUGAAUCAUUGGAUGACAAACUAGUAUUACCAUGACCGUUUUUCCUCUCCCUUUCAGUUGGAUUGGAGGGUCCCUUGCACCCUGCUUUAUUUCUGGUUUGUGAAAGGGCUCUAAGAACUUUUAUUGUUUCAUGCACUUCUAUUUAAGUUAUUUUUAUUCUUUUAAAUUAGUCAUUUGAACAUGUGGUCCAUUUUUGAAUCUUUCCCCACUCACCCUAAACUUGCAAAGAAAGCUCAGUAUAUACUUUUUUGUUGUUUUAAAGCAGGCGCCUGUAAGCUAUACAAGUUUCCAAGGCUCUUUUUACAGCAGCUUAGAUUGGCCUGGAAACACUGUUAAUUGGACAUCUUAACCAAAUACCUAGGCCUGAAAUAAUCAUAUUGCAUUAAGAAGGGAAAUUGGGACAAUCAAUUUUGUCCUUAAAUGACACCUUUUUACUAGAACUUCAGCUUUACCUUUUGGACUCAGUGAAAUUAACUUGAUUCAAAUUAUUUUUCUUUUUUAAUCAAAAAGCUUUUACAGAAUUUGUGUGGAUGAAUUAGGUUGAAGCAUGGACUUAUUUAAAGGGUUCUAUCCUGAGCCUAUAUAUCUAUUGCCAUGAUUUUUUGAAGAUGUGAUUGUACUUGAGUUUGCAUUUUGUCCUUCAAAUGAAAAAUCGAAGUGACAGUGAAAUGACCGAUUCCUUAACUAUUUUAAUUAAUAUUUAUCUAAAUAAAAAAAAUUGGUUUAGGCUGUAUACCAAUAUUCCUUUUCAAAUGUGUUGAUUUCUUGGAACAUGAUCCUGCCCUUUUUACCUUUUUUGUGCAGUAUAAUUAAUGAAAAUUUGCUGAGUGCCCUAGGCUGUGAUAGCGUCUUUGCUUAUGCUAACAACCAGGGUUUGAAUAGAUUUUAUUCCAUGGCCUCUGUCCCUUUAGUGUUCACAGAUCGCAAAAGACUGGAAACAUGCUAACAAGAUGGAAUUUGCCGCACUAAGGGAUUUGGAGCUUCUGCUUUAAGUUAAAGCUUGCACACCUAGUGUUUUUCCAGUCUGUGCACACCCGAGGGUAGGUGGGGUUAUGGCUUGGCCAUGGUCUUGUGCAUACACAGAUUUACUGUACCUGCGCCACAUUCAGGUCUGUUGGGUUGGGGAGCGUAACAUAAAGCUUUUGUAAUGUUUACCUUACCAAACUAAGCAAUCUUACACAAUUGGACAGCUAUUCGCUCUAGGUUUGUGGGCAUGUCAAGAGUUUGUGUGUGGGCUGGUAGUGAUGGUUGUGUUAAAUGCACAAAACAUAACAACCCUCCUAGUUGCCAUGCUUGAAAUGCUCUUGUUUGUGUCUGCAGCACUUUGUUUGAAAUAAUUCCAAACUGUUGAAUGAUCUCGAACGUAGCCCAGGCCAUCUUGUGACUGGAUGAUUGUUAACCAGGUCUAUUGGCUUAUUUUGACUCUCCAUAACUGGGUUUUGAAAGUUCAGGAGGGUGCCUGUUGUGAGGUUUACAUUGACAAUGGUUUCAUUUCAGAGCCCUUUGCCCUUUUUAUAUAAAAUACAUUGAUUUGUAAUGAAUAAAACAGUGUUCAACUUU